AUGUGCGGCGGGGCGGUCGGCGGGGCCCUGCGCGCCCUGGCGCUGCCGCAGGCGGUGCAGCGGGACCUCCUGCGCGGCCUCAACCUGAGCGGCGUCCCGGCCCAGCCCCGGGCCCGCGCGGAGCCGCCGCAGUACAUGCUCGACCUGUACCACCGCUACGCCAGCGACAAGGCGGCCGCGCCCGCCUCCAACGUGGUGCGCAGCUUCAGCGUGGAAGAUGCUGUCUCCAUCAUGGCCACAGAGGACUUCCCCUUCCAGAAGCACAUCUUGCUCUUCAACGUCUCCAUUCCUAGGCAUGAGCAGAUCACCAGGGCCGAGCUCCGACUCUACGUCUCCUGCCAAGGUCACGGAGCCGCUUCUCGUGAACUGAGAGGCAACAUGGCUAUUUAUGACGUUCUGGAUGGAGCAGAUGCCUGGGAUGCUUCCGCAGGCACCAAGACGUUCCUCGUGUCCCAGGACAUCUCGGAUGAGGGCUGGGAGACCUUCGAGGUGUCCAGCGCUGUGAAGCGGUGGGUCAGAGCAGACUCCACCAAGAGCAAAAACAAACUGGAAGUGACUGUGGAGAGUCACAGGAAGGGCUGCGACAAGCUGGAUAUCAGUGUCCCCCCGGGCUCCAAAAACCUGCCCUUCUUUGUUGUCUUCUCCAACGACCGCAGCAAUGGGACCAAGGAGACCAGGCUGGAGCUCAGGGAGAUGAUCAGCCACGAACAGGACAGCGUGCUCACGAAGUGGUCCAAGAACAGUCCAGCAGGGGCGGGUGACCGCAAGGCCGAGGGGGGCGGGGAAGGUCACAUGGCCACAGGGUCCUCGUUAGCCAGACGAAAGAGGAGUGCCGGAGCCAACAACCACUGUCAGAAGACCUCCCUGCGGGUGAACUUCGAGGACAUCGGCUGGGAUAGCUGGAUCAUUGCACCCAAGGAGUACGACGCUUACGAAUGUAAAGGCGGCUGCUUCUUCCCCUUGGCUGACGACAUGACCCCAACAAAACACGCCAUCGUGCAGACUCUGGUGCAUCUCAAAUUCCCCAUGAAGGUGGGCAAGGCCUGCUGCGUGCCCACCAAACUGAGCCCCAUCUCCAUCCUCUACAAGGAUGACAUGGGGGUCCCCACUCUCAAGUACCACUACGAAGGGAUGAGUGUGGCAGAGUGUGGGUGCAGGUAGUGCCGGCCUCGGGCGGGGGGACAGGGUGGACGGGCCCCGUUUCCCUCUGGGCAUGCCAGCCUGAAGGAGGGAAGGGGGCGGCCACGUCCAGGAGGUGAUGGCCUGCCCACCCCAGGCGUCCACCACUGGGUCCAUUCGCAUGGGACAGCAGUGGCCGGGGCCAGGGCAGCGGCGGGGGAGAGGAGGAGAGCCCGGAAGGAUCAUUGGGGUGCAAGGGGGGAGAAGAAAAAAGAGGCCGAGAGGAAAGCAAUCCAGGGUUAGCAGAAAAUAGCAGAAACGAGGCAGGGGGCUGGACAGAUGAGGUGCAGAGAUUGGUGGGGCUUAAAGGAGGCGGGAAGGACGGGGCACAUUCCCACAACUCAGGGGGUGCGGGCCCGGAGAGCCACGUGCUCUACACCCCUCGUUUCGAGCCUCCCUGCAACCCGGCGAGGUGGGGCUCACGAGCAACCAAAACACAGGCAUUUCAAGCCACACCGGCCAUGGAGAUGGGGUCCAACCCUCGGUCUGCACAGAUCCGUCAUUCCCCGGGGCCCAGGACCCUCUCAGGUACCCCAUCAAAGGGUAUCAGGUCACCUCACAGCUAAAGAAAAUUAGACGCUGGAGGCGGGCAGCGGGGCCGAGCUGCACUGAGCCCCAGCCAGUGCCCACCAGGCUGGCCGGGCCGCUGGAGCGUCCAGCACGUUCUGACGGGCGCCGGGCUGCACCGGGGGCCCGGGGCUUUCUCAGAUGCGCCUCGAGUCCCUGGGCAACCAUCCCCCAGAGCAGCUGCAGGAGGGAUGGAGUGCACGACAGGCGCCCGAGGCUGCGUACACACGGCG